CAGCGAGCUCGGAUUCCAGAUUCAAAAGAAGCUGUUAGAAUAUAUAAAGAAAAAAAGUCCAUGAAACGAGGGGAAUAAGAACCAAACUUGUUUUUAUUACACUUAUUGUCGUGUUUGAACAAAGCUGAACCAAACGAGGGGAAUAAGAACAAAGCUGUUAGAAUAUCUUGUCGUGUUUCUACCCAAAAUUAAACUGUCUGUACAAAAAAGAAGUUGCUGUUUGUGAUAAAAAAAAAAAAACAUGUCUGAUGAAAAGUCAAUGGAAGUUGCUAAAGGAAAAAAAUGGGCGACUCUUGAUGAUAGUUUCAUACUGAUUUCUUUUGUGCCUUCUUUCUCAUUUCUCUUGAUUCUUGUUCAUUUUAACUUGAUUUUCCCUCAAAUCUCUAUUUUGUAUUUCCCAACACAAAUCGUGGUUUCAUUCCAUCGCUGUUGUUAGUAGAGAUAUCACAGGCGAGGAGGUUCUCAGGGAAGUUUGCAAUGAAACUCUUUUCCUCUUCCCAUCUCUCAAGUUACUAUCUAAGGCUUUCGGAAACAGUGCGGCGAUGGGGUUUUAAUCGGAGCCGCCGCUUACGGCGGCGGUGGAAAAUCCGGCGAGAUUGCUAGGCGGACAUGGACCAGCCAUCGCAUUUAUUAGAGUGGUCUGAAUACUGUGAUCAAAUCUAUGGGAAAGAAGAAGAAUUUAUCAUACUCCAGCACUCAGGAGUAGUUUGCUUACCAUCAGUAAGAACCAAUAAGGGUCCUUCAUCGUUUGUAUCGGUGACGGUGAGGUUUCAGACGGAAGUUUCUGCGAAGCCCAUUUACUUUCCAUUGCUCUCCCUUUUCUUGAAUCUGGUUUUGUUGCUGAUUCUUUUUGGUUCAUGGGUUUGCAAGAACAGGGUAGCUUCUGAAAAUAGUGAUGGUUUAGUGGAAAAAAGUUUCGUUAGCUGGCAUACACCUGAUUGGGCUCUCUUAGAUCUUCUGGUGGCUGCCCUUACUUGGGGUACUAUCUCCGUCUAUCUUCGUGGUCUAUUCACUGAUUUUCAUGAGCAAAAGUUACCAUUUCUGCUUAGAGUCUGGUGGGUUCUCUAUUUCAUGGUUUCUUGCUACCGUCUUGUGGUAGACUUUGUUCUAUACAAGAAGCAAGAACUGGUGCCAGUUCACAAUGUAAUGUCUGAUUUGGUGGGCGUUUGCGCUGGCUUGUUUCUCUGUUGUUCGUGCUUGUGGAAGAAAAGAGACAGCGAAAGGAUCAACCUUCUCCAAGAACCAUUAUUGAGUAGUGCUGAGUCUAACGAGAAUGAAGGCUGCGAUGAGGUCACUACACCUUUCUCAAAAGCUGGGUUUCUAAGCCUCGUGAGUUUCUCUUGGAUGAGUCCUCUGAUCACCUUAGGCAAUGAGAAAAUCAUAGACAGCAAGGAUGUUCCUCAGCUUGACAGUAGUGACAGAGCUGAGAAGCUGUUUCGGAUAUUUAGGAGUAAGCUUGAAUGGGACGAUGGUGAAAGAAGGAUCACCACAUUUAAGCUCAUCAAGGCACUCUUCCUCUCAGUGUGGCGAGAUAUUCUUUUGUCAACUCUGUUUGCUUUUGUCAACACGAUGUCUUGCUACGUUGCACCGUAUCUCAUGGAUAGUUUCGUCCAGUACCUGAAUGGUCACAGGCUGUAUAAAUACCAAGGCUAUGUCUUAGUGACAACUUUCUUUGUUGCUAAGCUUGUGGAGUGCCAAAGUCGGAGGCACUGGUUCUUCAGGGCGCAUAAAGCUGGGCUUGGGAUGAGAGCGGUCCUGGUUUCGAUGAUCUACGAAAAGGGCUUGACCCUUCCAUGUCACUCCAAGCAAGGACACACUAGCGGCGAGAUUAUAAACCUCAUGGCAGUAGAUGCAGACAGGAUCAACGCUUUUACUUGGUUUAUGCAUGAUCCAUGGAUACUUGUUUUACAAGUUAGUUUGGCCUUAUGGAUCUUGUACAAAAGUCUCGGACUUGGAUCGAUUGCAGCUGUUCCUGCCACUGUUUUGGUUAUGCUGGCGAAUUUUCCCUUUGCAAAGCUGGAAGAGAAGUUUCAGAGCAAUUUGAUGAAGUCCAAAGACAACAGGAUGAAGAAAACAUCGGAGGUCUUACUGAACAUGAGGAUUCUCAAACUUCAGGGAUGGGAGAUGAAGUUCCUUUCUAAGAUUCUUGAACUUAGGCAUGUCGAAGCAGGCUGGCUUAAGAAGUUCGUGUAUAACGCAGCAGCUAUCAGCUCUGUUUUGUGGACUGCACCGUCUUUCAUAUCUGCAACAGCUUUUGGCGCUUGUAUAUUGCUGAAGAUCCCUCUUGAGUCGGGAAAGAUACUAGCGGCUCUUGCAACUUUUCGGAUUCUGCAAGGCCCAAUCUACAAACUUCCGGAAACAAUCUCGAUGAUUGUUCAAACAAAGGUAUCUCUUCGCAGGAUUGCUUCUUUUCUCUGUCUUGAUGAUUUGCAGAAAGAUGUUGUGGAGAGACUUACUAGCAGAAGUUCAGAAAUGGCUCUAGAAGUCAGCAAUGGUUCCUUCUCUUGGGAUGAAUCUUCCCCAAUCCCAACACUGAGAGACGUGAGUUUCAAAGUAUCUCAAGGGAUGAAUGUAGCUAUUUGUGGUACCGUUGGCUCGGGUAAAUCAAGCUUACUCUCAUCCAUACUUGGUGAAGUUCCCAAAAUAUCUGGAAAUAUUAAAGUUUGUGGAACAAAAGCAUACAUUGCGCAAUCGCCUUGGAUUCAAAGCGGCAAAGUCGAAGAUAAUAUUCUGUUUGGUAAGGCAAUGGAAAGAGAAUGGUACGAGAAGGUGCUUGAAGCAUGUUCUUUGAAUAAGGACUUGGAGUUGCUUCCGUUCCAUGACCAGACGGUUAUUGGGGAAAGAGGUAUCAAUCUAAGCGGUGGACAGAAGCAACGUAUACAAAUCGCUCGUGCUCUCUACCAAAACGCAGAUAUUUAUCUGUUUGAUGACCCUUUUAGUGCAGUAGAUGCUCAUACAGGAUCACAUCUCUUCAAGGAAGUCUUGCUGGGGAUUCUGAGAAACAAGACAGUCAUAUACGUCACUCAUCAAGUUGAAUUUCUGCCUGAAGCUGAUCUUAUACUGGUUAUGAAAGAUGGAAAGAUCACGCAAGCAGGGAAAUACAAUGAAAUUCUGGAUUCAGGAACAGAUCUCAUGGAACUUGUAGGAGCUCACACUGAUGCCUUAGCAACCGUUGAUUCAUAUGAAACAGGCGAUGCUUCGACAAAACCAACCACGAUCAAAGAAAAAGAAGUCAUGAAUGAUGAAGAAAAACUAGAGAAAGGCACGGGUAAGCCAAAAAGAGGACAACUAGUUCAAGAAGAAGAAAGGGAGAAGGGCAAAGUUGGGUUCACAGUGUACAAAAAAUACAUGGCACUAGCAUACGGAGGAGCAGCUAUUCCUUUGAUAUUGAUAGUGCAGAUUCUCUUUCAGCUUCUACACAUUGGGAGCAACUACUGGAUGACCUGGGUGACUCCUGUUUCCAAGGACGUGGAGCCUCCAGUGAGCGGCUUCACGUUGAUCCUAGUCUAUGUAGCUCUAGCCAUCGCUAGCUCCUUAUGCAUACUCGUCAGGGCAUUGCUGGUUGCAAUGACUGGUUUCAAGAUGGCUACUGAACUCUUCACCCAAAUGCAUCUCCGCAUUUUCCGUGCCUCCAUGUCAUUCUUUGAUGCCACACCAAUGGGGAGAAUUCUGAACAGAGCUUCUACAGACCAAAGCGUGGCGGAUUUGAGAUUACCGGGUCAAUUUGCAUAUGUUGCUAUUGCGUCUAUUAACAUUUUGGGGAUUAUCGGAGUGAUGGUACAGGUCGCUUGGCAGGUCCUUAUCAUCUUUAUCCCUGUCGUCGCUGCAUGUGCCUGGUACCGGCAAUAUUACAUAUCUGCAGCUCGGGAACUGGCGAGAUUGGCUGGAAUAAGCAGAUCGCCUUUGGUACAUCAUUUUUCUGAAACACUUUCAGGGAUAACAACUAUCAGGAGCUUUGAUCAAGAACCGAGAUUCCUCGGUGACAUCAUGAGGCUCAGCGAUUGCUUUUCUCGGCUGAGGUUUCAUUCUACUGGUGUAAUGGAGUGGCUCUGCUUCCGACUUGAUCUGUUAUCCACCGUAGCGUUUGCUAUUUCACUUGUCAUCUUAGUUUCUGCGCCUGAAGGAGUCAUUAAUCCAAGCCUUGCAGGACUGGCUAUUACAUAUGCACUCAAUCUCAAUAGCUUGCAAUCAACUUUAAUAUGGACACUUUGCGAUCUCGAGAACAAAAUGAUAUCUGUGGAGAGAAUGCUUCAAUACAUAAACAUCCCCAGUGAACCACCUCUUGUGAUUGAAUCAACUCGGCCUGAGAAAUCAUGGCCUUGUCGUGGAGAGAUUACUAUUUGUGAUCUGCAGGUGCGAUAUGGUCCACAUUUGCCUAUGGUGCUUCAUGGAUUGACAUGCACUUUUCCAGGAGGCCUGAAAACUGGAAUCGUUGGAAGAACAGGAUGUGGCAAAUCCACUCUGAUUCAAACCCUUUUUAGGAUUGUGGAACCAACCGCUGGAGAAAUCAGAAUCGACGGAAUAAACAUCUUGACCAUUGGACUGCACGACUUGCGUUCCAGACUGAGUAUCAUACCUCAAGAUCCAACCAUGUUUGAAGGAACGGUUCGUAGUAACUUGGACCCUCUUGAGGAAUACAAUGAUGACCAAAUCUGGGAGUCCCUUGACAAGUGUCAACUCGGGGAUGAAGUGAGGAAGAAAGAACUAAAGCUAGAUUCCCCUGUUAGCGAGAAUGGACAGAACUGGAGUGUUGGUCAGAGACAACUGGUGUGUCUUGGACGAGUCUUGCUAAAGAGAAGCAAAGUAUUGGUUCUUGAUGAAGCCACUGCUUCUGUAGAUACUGCGACUGAUAAUCUGAUCCAGGAGACUCUGAGGGAACACUUUUCGGAUUGUACGGUGAUAACAAUCGCACACAGAAUAUCAUCUGUUAUUGACAGCGAUAUGGUUCUGCUCCUAGACCAAGGUCUUAUUAAAGAACAUGAUUCACCGGCGAGAUUGCUUGAAGACAAGUCGUCUUAUUUCUCAAAGCUUGUGGCAGAGUACACAUCGAGUUCGGACUCCAAAUCCAAAAGAAGCUGUUAACUAGAAUCCAAAGAUUCUUUUAAAAAUGGGACAGAUCAAGAGCCAAAAAAAGUUUCUAUCCAAAUUUGCAUACCGUCGUUUGUUCUUGACUUUUUUUUUAGCUGAUGAGACUUCCAUGAAAGUGGUAUAAUUGAAGUGGGAAAAUAAAAGUUUGGACAAAGACUCAUUAAUAGAUAAAUAUAAUAAAAUGUAGACCUGGAUUUCCAGUGGCUAUGAACACAUCCACAUGGCUCCAUCUUGUGUUGACUAAUCAUUUGAUAUUGCUGCU